UUUAGGCGUUAUUAAUUAUUUUUGUACGGUAUUAUGAUGAACACAAUAUUUCGUGCAAAUAUUAUAUAUAUAUUGUGUAAGUGUGCGUGUAUGUGAUAUCAGAUACCAAUCGCUCGCCGACUUUAUCAGGUUCGCAGUAAGUUCGACGGAACGCGGCUGUCGAGUCGGCGACGUGGUUAUCAAUCGCUGUUGUUAUCAAUCACGGUGUUGACCUACAUACCUUGACUAUUAUUAUUAUUAUUAUUCGUUACUCCGUUCUUAUCACCGCCGAAUACCGAUGAUUGACGGACAGAUGGACUAGCUUGCUGGUGUAGCAACUGCAGAUUGCGGGACGAGUACGGAGAGGUCUCCCUCACGGUUUUUAGUGUAAAAUCUAAAGAGAAACUCCGUGACGGUCACGACCAAACACAAUGAUCGUGUACGUCGCCGUGGCGGUAAUAACAAUGACAUUGUUGUUUGUUUAUUUGCUAUACGAGCCGACAAGGACGACGGUGGCGGCAACGGCGACAGAUUCGACGGCGGCGGCGGCGACGACGAGUCGUACAAACAAACCAGUCAACAUAAGCCAUGUUAUGCACACACGACUUGACGACGGGGCCUUUACCAAGGCUAGACAACGGCUAUCGGUCACAACCUGGGCUACACCGAUAUUCGUUGCACAGGCCUCUACCAGGGCUACUUCCGUUGCAAACGAGACCGGCAGCAAAUCGACCUCCACCAGGGCUGUACCGGAUAUUACCACAGCAACUAGUAAACCAGAAUCUACAGAGAUCAGCAUUUCGGCCACCACCUGCACUGCACCGGUUACCUGCAGGAUUUUCACUAACACUACCACAACCGCCUCAACCUCCGACAUAGUAAGUAUGCCUAUACCAUUUUUUCACCGUAACGAUGAACUUUGGGGUGACGACGAAGAGCGAGAACGUAGACAACAGAGAUUCUCUUUGAUAUAUUUAGAUGACUUUGUGAGAAUGGAGGAAAACGAUUACCGCCGUCGAUACGGUCUCCGUGUCAUACAAGGACGACCCUGGUUACUUCGGGGGGCAGGUCAAGGUCCUCUAGAAUUAUAUGAAAGAGGGGAAGAGCUUUACACGCCGCUAUUCACCGUUGUGUUGGUACCAUCCAACCUCGAGGAUCCAAACGAAGAACUCGAGUUUAUGCUCGGUGACCCGCUUGAUCCAAAUAGUAGCCUACCACUUGACAUGAAUGCCACCAACACCUCGGCAGUAUUGAACGAACGCAUUCUUCGAAUGGGGCAUUUGAUAAUUAACGACCAAGAGACUAUGGACGCUAUACAAAGAUUACGGGACACGCUUUCAGCCCAGGACUCAUAUAACUGGAUCUUGUUGAUUGUGAUAAUAGCCACAAUGCACCCGCAUCCGAACGACCAGCCCAUGGUUCGGUUCAACCCUGGCAGGUUGUCAAUCAACCGAGCCGCUCGUAUGUUGGUGGGCUCCCGUGGUAUAGUGCAUGGUUGGUCUGGUGACAUGCCAAACAUAAUUAACGCUUUACAACAGCACAGUGACAUUUCGCCGUUUAUAUGGUCUUACGAAUGUUCUAUCGACGUCGAAACGGACGGAGACAGUUCGUUUGACUCAGAUUCCGCCGGUUACGAGAGCGGUAGUUGGAAAAGCGGGCCACGCGGUGUGGCCCGUGGUCGCCCGCCGGUCACCGGCAUAUCAUCUUUGAGCGAGACGUCCAGCGUGAUGACCAGCGAUGACGACGUCGAACAUCAGACGAACACAGUAGGUAAUCCCGAUGACGAGGACGGAUCUUUCAGACUUAAGAGAUUCAAGGGAUACAUGAAACGUUCGGCCAUCGAACGACGAGAACGUCGAGCCAUGAGGCGGGCGAGACGCGAGACGCGUAAACACUACGACUGGCAGCGUCGACUAGAAGACCCAGCAUAUGACAUGGAGGCUAGACGUGCCGAGGUACUGGCCGCCGAAAGUAGGCGCAACGAGAGUCGCGCCCAAGAAAUGUUAAACGCCGAACGGAAAACGGAACGAGUCUUGCAUUGGUGCCAGACUCAGCAGGGCAUAGUGGGUGGCAUGGAAAACCAGUUGUCUCCCACAGACGAGUUGGUGGAAUGCCGGCUGAAAAACUUGAGACAGUCACUUUGUGAACAGAUUUCUAAUACCUGGGAGCAGUUUUAUGGAGACAAAACGGCCUCUGAAGCUGCAUUCGAAGAGAUUGACCAAUUGGUGUUUUAUUGCUGGAUGACGCCGGUCCGGUGCAUUCGUCAAACUGGCCCCAAUUGUGGUUUGGCAGUGCUCGCUAUGGCUGCACGUCCAAUACUGACUUGUGAAGCAGCUGUGGGCAGUGAUCUUGAUUGUGGAGAUAACUAUAAUGGAUUAGAUGACGUUGAUGAGCUAAAUGAGAUGGUGAAAAAAGUUAUUUUUGAGGCCACAGAAAAAGAGCGGCGAAAGGCUUUACACUCUACAAACUGUACAAUCCCUCCACCAGACAUUGACGUACCUAAUUUAGAGGACAUACAAAAGGAGGCUAUAAGAUCCGGGUACUCGGGCCGUGGUGAAAUGUUUAGUACCCAGGCUAUGGUCAAUCUAGCUAAAACACACCAAAAUGGACGAUACAAUGUGACAUUGGUAAAGCGUGAUUUAUUGGAUAUGACAGACGAAGUUAAUGAAGAGGACGUUCGUACUGAACCUGAAAUAAUAAGAUCUGAUGUUGAAAACGAAUGUAUUGAGCCAGCUGACCUCAAAAUGGAUUGUGAAAACAACGAUUUAGAUCAAAACGUUGCUACACAUUCGAAGGCGUCUGAGAACGUCAAUUUACAACCAUCGUCAUCAGAACUGACUUUGGUCCAGCGUCUAAUACGUGGUCACUUGAUCGCUGUUUGUUUUGAUUGCGAUAGGAGUAUGAUGCCGUCUUUGACAAAUGGUGGAAGCACCGCACAUUGGGCACUUUUAUGUGGUGUUAUCAUAGGAAAGCCACAUAAAAGACAAGAAAAAAAAAUUCAGCCACACGACGAUGAGUUAUCUGAUGAAGAUUUGUUAAAAUAUGGAUAUAUUUACGCAUAUGAUCCGAAUACUACUGAGUUUAUUCCAAAUGGCUACAUAGAUAGAAGAGUACUAGACAUUGAAAAUCCUAUUGGUAGAGAAACUAGCCAAUACACCAGGAAUCAUAUGGAAAACAUAAAUUUUGACGAUGCAGGUAUAGCUGAAGAAGAUUAUGAUGAUACAAAACAACAUGUCAAGGAGGAAACAAAUUCUUAUAAUUAUUAUAACAUUUCUGAUCUGGACUUAAAUCGUGAUGCAGACCGCGUGUGGGUGAUUGCCCGCCAUGGUAAACUAGGCGAUCGGUAUGCUGUGUGGUCUCUCAAAGAACUUGCCAAAAGUAACUGUCAGUUACGUACGCCUGCAGAUCAGAUUUUGCAUAGCAUCCCACCUGAAGUAAAAAUGCAAUGGGACAUCAAACAACAGCUUAUCGAUUGCAAUAUUGCCAAUUUAGUCUCGGAGAAUCCAGAAUCUAUUUUGAUUGCUAAUAAUCAUAAUAGUAAAACGUAUUGUAAUUUAGACCCAAUCGAGACGGAGUGUAAGUUUCAGAGGUCGGAGAGACUUAUUGCCGAGUUACCAGUCGAUCCUUGGCCGGAAGAAAAUAUUAUAGCUAAAACAAAUCCAGCUUCAGAACAGUUAGAAAUGGAAGUACCAUCACCACCACAAACGAUAAUACCAAAAUUAUCGUCACCAAAACUUAUACCACUAACACCAAUAGAACGAUUAUCUCCACCACCUCUGCCAACAUCACCACCACCACAACCGCCGCCACCACCUCCACCGCCACCGCUACCAACAUCUCCACCACCGCAACCGCCGCCACCACCACCACCACCGCCACCACCAACACAACUAAUUCCACCGCCACCACCACCAGUAGCAUCAACAAACAUGUAUGACGACUUCAACCAACCAUCAUUUGUAUUACCGGAAGGACCUAGGCUCGAUCUGUGUUUGGCCCAUCAGUUUAUUUCAUUUGAACCAGUUCGGGCGCCGAACAUAAUAUCCGAUGUGAACAAUCAACAAGCGCUAAACCUGUUGUCUACGCUUCAAUGCCACUUUUCAUUUAAAAUGAGCCGAGAUUUAAAAAAAUUGAAUCUGACCGAAAAUUCAACAGAUCGUUGGCCAAGGCAACACCGUCGCCAGCCUUCGACUUCAUCCUCAGAAAGUAGUACGUCACCGGAUAGGCAAAUGUAUGGUCCAAUGGACCAUAUAUCAAAUCCAGAAGAAAUUCAAUGGCUUAGAGAAGAACAAUCGGUUCAGUCAAAAUCAGCGAAACAAACAAUUGAAACACAAAUGGAUAUCAAAUGGCCUCUGGAACAAAGACAACAGCAACCACGAAUUUUCUCUGAAUCAGUUCAUCCUGAACAAACUGAAUAUGUAUUACUUGACUCACAAUCUGAAUUAAUCCAGCAGAUACAACUACCACUGUCCACGUUCUUAAAAGCUGUACGUUUGGCGAUUCGAAAACCAAUGCAGUUGCAUCUAAUCGAAGAAGACGAACAUCGGUCUUAGAUAACUUGAAAAUUCGAAAACUUAUCCUCAAUCUACCAACCUUCUAACAUCCAGCGCCGCCGAUUACCAACUAGUCCCUAAAUUGUCGAAUUGUCAUUUCUCAACGUCUUACUAGAUGACCUACUUACCAAACUACACUUUGCACAUCAUCGGAAAUUUCGAUGUCCGUAGCAAUUCUGGUGGAUUAAUUAUGACAAAUAACUUUAAGUAAGUAACAAAGUAUGGUGCAUGCAUUUUUAUAAUUUUAAAUUUCCUAAAUUGUUUAAUACAAUGAAAUGUAUAGUUGGUUUUUAAUUUCCAAUAUUAAAAUAAUAGUAACUUUAUAAUUUAUAACUACAUAAUAAUAUAGGUAAUACUGUUAUUAUAGUUUGUAAUAUAGUAUAUAACGAUACACACAUUGACAGGGGUGGUAAAGUUUGGUUCUCCCCUUGGACUUAAACCCCAAUUGCUUAUUACUGUCAAGUCUUCUUUGUACCUUUUAUGUCACUCAAAAAUACCCCUAUUCGCCCUCUCUUAAAUAAGCUUUAUAUCCGCGCUUGCACAAUGGUCGGUACCGGGAAAUAACUGACAGAACUUGUUAAAUAUUAUUAUAAUAGCCAAUAGGUAACUUAUUAAAGAUGUAAAUACUAUAUUUAUUAUGUUAAUUUAUCUUAAAGAAAAUAAGUAAUUUCGUGUUAUUAAAUUAUUGUUAAUUAUUAAGGUAUAGCUUUAAGCGUGGGUUUAUCAAUUCUAAAAAUUAACAUCCCUUAUAAUGGAACUAAUUCUAUUUUGAACAACGUAAAUUAAAUCAUUAUUUAGGUACUUAUUUUUAAUUUUACUAUUAUUGAAAAUAUGCGAUUUCCAUCCCCCGGUAAACAGUUGAUUAUUCAAGUGAUACAUUAUGCUCAGUGCCACUGACAAGUCAAUUAAAUCAUAAGUCAUUAAGUCAUUUAUUAAAUCAUAACUAUAUAAACAAACUCCGUGAUUAAGAUACAGGGUGAAAAAUAAAUAGCGUAAGAUAAUAUUAAUCAGUACUUGUGACGAAAUAAAUAUCAACUUUCAACAUGUUCAUAUAAAUUGUUAAACUGCUUAUUCUUGAGAAUAGUUGACUGUAUUGUAGAUACUAAUUUUAUAUUAUAUAAAUUCAAAGUUAGCAUUAUUCAUUUAUCAUGGUUAAUGCUAGUAUAGUUGAACAAAGUAUAAUAUAUAAUUAAUUCUUAUUUUGCAUCAACGGUAUCCAUCACGUAUAUAAUAUAUGCAUGGGUCUUAAGUUUUAAGGCUGUCAAAAGCUUAACUCCACUUUUAAGAGGUCGGAUUUAAGCUGUAUUUUAUAUCCAUUGUGAGUGAUGUGUUGAUAUGUGUGCCGUAUGGUGUACGUAGUGAUUGAUCAUGUACGUGAAUUUCUCGAACGCUUUUUAUAAUUUACGGCUAACACUGUUGAUACUUGAUUGCAUUCUAACAUUCUUGGAAAUACGUAACGUACGUACUCGCAGUCGCAAGUCACUAUACUUUGCUAUCAAAAAAAGUUUCAACACGAAAGACCGAAAACCGGAAUAAAAAUUCACCUACUACCAACAUUUCGAUCUAAAUUUUGAAAAUGUAUUUAAAUUCCUUAUUUUCUUUUUUAAGUUAUGUAGGGUAUACAUUUUCGAUUAGUUGAAUGGUUUACUUAAUAUCGUACCAAAUUAAGUUUGUUUUUUUUUUCAAAAUUCACUUUUAUUUUAUUGUUACUAAGGCAUUUUUUUUUUUAAUACUGACGAGAAUUGAACCACUUCAAAUAUUUUUCAAAAUUAAAAUUGGACUUCUGGAAGUAUAUUUUUUCUUCCGCUUAUUGGUUUAAAUGCACAAAAAAACAACCAGUUUUCAAUAGCCUUGAGGCUUAAGUAUUCAUUUAUAGUUAGUUACAUUCUCAUCAUUUAUAUCAACUACGCGAAUAUUGCAUAAAACUAUAUAAGUAUAAUUUAUUAGUACGAAAACAUAAAUAAUUGUUCGUAAAAUAUAUUUUAAUACAAUAAUAAUUACAUUCACAAUAAUGUGAAUUAAUUCAAACGAAGUUGUACAUUUUUAAGAAUUGUUACUGACGUAUUUACGUUCAAAUAUCUAGGAUUAGGAAACCUUCCUUUGCGAAUUCAUUUUAUUUAUAGUUUAACAUGGUUUAUUUAAUUAUAAUAAAUAUUAGUUCGCUCAUCGGAAAAUAUGGUACAUAUGUCAUUUUACAACUAUUAUUUUAAUAAAGGAUGACCCGACAUCCGGGAUUAUCUCUUUGUUGACCAUCAUGUUCCGUUAUCCCGAAAAUAACUUCGAACUGUACGUUUUUUUUUCGUUUUUAGAAAUGGUCCCGUUUUAAUCCCAUUUUUCCAUUAUUACACUGUGUCUUAAAAAAAAUCAAUGUAUGCAACAAAUAUAAAUUAUUUUUUUUAAACAAAUGAAUAAUUAGCAGCUAGAUAACAGUUUUCGUGGAACGAUUGUCUGUGCCGAUUAAUAAUAUUUAUUAUAUUAGUGACAAACAUGAGAUAUGUUGUAUGUCAUAUGCACUACGGUCUAUGAACUAAAAUAAUACGUAUUAUUUGAUAACAGAUUUGGACUUUUUCACUCCACAGUUGUGUGUGUAUGUGUGAAUGUAUUAGAGAGAAUUUCAUUUAAUAUAAAUAAUAUAAUGUACUAUUUCAAUGUUUAAUAUGAUACCUAUAUGUAAGCACAUAGAGAAUGAAAUCAGAUUUGCGCCCUUUCAUUUUUCAUAUUGUAUAUUAUAUUAAGUAGUUAAUAAUUAUAAACUAGCUUUGAAUUUUCAUGAUCACGUAAUAUAAUCACACUCCUAACGGUUAUUAACAAAUUGUCAUUGUUCAUUAAAGUAUAAGGAUAAUUUAUUUGUACAAAAUGGUUAAUGAUUUUUCAUAAAUUAUAUUAUAUUAAAAUAAUUACAUGAUACCUAUCUCAUUAUUAAUAACUUAAUUUAAGUGAAGUGAAGUGAAGUGAAGUUGUAAAAUUGUAAAUAUGUAAGAACUUUCAUUGCCUCAUUUAUGUGUACUCUGUUCAAGUUAUUGAAGUAGUCAGCGGCGACCAGUUUUCGUCGGGCAGUAGUCAGGCAAUACCCGCGUGUCAUCCCUACUCAGUCAAUUAUCUGUAUACCUGCCGUGUGGUAUUGCCACAAGUCCGCCACCGACUACGUUUCUUAAAUUGAACAGAGUUUAAGAACGUCUCCAUUAUAGGGUUCAUUAAAUGUAUAGUCCAUUGGGUUUUCAUCAGGUAAUAAACAUUUCACUUAUCAUAGAUAUGUUUUUAAAAUUUACUAUCUAUUAAACAUAGUUUGGGUUUUAAAAAAAAUCUCUUUACCAUCACAAUGUUGUAAAUAUUUAUGAAUAUUCGUUGUUGUCUAAUUUAUAUAUAAAUACUGAAAUACCUCAAUUACGAAGCAUUCAUCGGAAAAUAAACAUGUGACUUCAUAAAUAUUAAUUCAAAUUUUAUUAGGUACUUAGUAAACAUCGUUGGGGUUUUAAAAAUACUCUACAAGUCGUGAUCGGCAUGUAUAUACUUUCUUGAUUUUUUUUAUUUUGGAAAAUUAUGAACUAUAUGUUUAUAUUUUAUUAAAAUAUGAAUGAUAUGAUUAAACCAAAUUCUACUUUAGACAGACCUCAAAAUGGAAAAUUAUCUGUACCUAUCAAAAAACAUAUUUUUUCAAGUAUACAGAAUGUUAGUGAUUGUGUUUUAAAAUUAUAACCAUUUUAUAAUAAGAAUGUACCUCAUUUGUACAUUCUCAUGGAAUUUACCUUGCAAUUAUUAACACUGUUAAAAUUUUAUACGAAUUUUCACCUUUGGUAAUUUAGUUCUUGUUUGCACAUUUGUGCGUGUGUGUUUAUAAUGUUGAUGUAUAACUUUAAAAGUCUGUAGUGAAUGAAGUAUUAAAGAUAAAGGCCUGAAACUCUUCACGGCUUAUCCUAGCCAAUGUUAUUUUGACCCUAAACAACAAAAUCCAUUAUUCAGUUUCGGAGAUCUUCGUUGCUAAAGAAAACUAACUAAAAUUAAUUAUUUUUUCAACGGCUAAAAAGUUAACUAAUUUUUAUUAAAUUUUUUAAUUUAUCAUUUUUAUCUACUUAACAAGCUCUUUCUAAUGAGCUAUAACUAUCAACCAACUUUCUAUAGCUUUCAUCGAUUAAGAAAAAUAUAUUUUUCAGGGCUGAAACAUGCAUACGUUUUUCUGGGUUCAAAUUAUUAUACCGCUUGUGCUUGAUAUAGUGUCCAUCUCGUCAAUGUCAUCUUAAAUUAAUGCUAACUUUAUAACCCAUUUACAGUUAUUAUUUAGCUAUAUUUUUACUAUUUUACAAACUCUUAAAGAUUUCGGUAUAAAAAUAUA